AUGGGAAAGCUCGUGCGACUCGAGAUAUACAACUUCAAGUCCUACCGUGGACGCCAUACCCUUCUCUUCGGCGACUCGUACUUUACCUCCAUCAUCGGUCCCAAUGGCUCCGGAAAGUCGAAUAGUAUGGACGCCAUCUCCUUCGUCUUGGGAGUCAGGUCGUCCCAUCUGCGAUCCGAGAAGUUGAAGGACAUGGUCUACCGUGGCAGGAUCAUUCAAGAAGCUAGGAUCAAUGCCGAUGGUACCGUAACCGAAGCCGACGGCGGUGCGAAUGGCGAUGCGAACGGCAACUCCAAUGGCGACUCUCAGGAGAAUGGCGAUUCGCAAACCAGCACCCAGCGCACCGAUCCCCAGAAUGCGUGGGUCAAGGCUGUUUUCGAGGACGAUGCUGAACAGACACACGAGUGGCAGCGUGCCAUUACGAGCUCUGGCUCCAGCGAAUACCGCAUUAACAACCGCGUCGUCACCCAGAAGCAGUAUGGCGAGGCGCUUGAGGAGCACAGCAUCUUGGUCAAGGCAAGGAAUUUUCUCGUCUUCCAGGGAGACGUCGAGAAACUUGCGACAACGGCGCCGGAACAGCUCACACUACAAGUUGAGCGCAUCUCUGGCAGUCUGGAGCAGAAGGCCGAGUACGAUCGUCUGAAGGAAGAGUCCGAGGCCGCCACCGAAGAUAACGCGAAACAUCUGCAUGAGCGUCGCGGCAUCAACGGAGAACUCAAGACAUACCAGGAUCAAAAGGCCGAGGCUGACGAAUACGAGAAGAAGCUUGCAGAGCGCGACGAAGCCGUCGUCACAAAGAAUCUCUGGAAGCUCUACCUGUACCAGCAAGUUAUGGAGAAGGCGCGGAACAAAAUCGCCAGCCAUCAGGAAGAGCUCAAGGAACAUAAGCGCAGCGUCGAGAAGUAUCACCAAAGACAUGAGGCGGAAAGGCAGGCCGAGGCUAAGGUCAGACGAGAUCUUACCAAGACCGACCGCAACACCAAAGCCAAAGAGAAGGAGAUUGAAGACGCCUCCAACGAGCUUGCGCCGAUUGAAGAGAAGAUUCGCCUUUCCAACGAGACCCGCCGAAAAUAUGAGAGCAGACUCGACGAGCUCCGGAAGAAGCGCGACGCGGAAAAGAAGGCGGUCGAAAAGUGUCAGAAGGACCUUGAUUUAGUGCAAAAGGCCGAGAAGAAGUGGGAGGAUGACUUCAAGGCUGCUGCUCAGAACCAAGGCCGCGAGCUUUCUGAACAGGACCUCCAGGAAUACGGCCGACUGCGCAGUGAUGUUACGAAGCGGACACACGGAGAUCAAAUGCAGAUAGACAAGCUUAAGCGCGAAGUUGAAACAGACAGGGACCAUGUCAAGAAUCUCCAGCAGAGCGUUGACAGCCAUGAGAAGGCUGUUGAGAAGCUGAAUGCAGACAUCAGUCAGUUGGAGGAGCGUCAGCAGGCUUCCAAGACACAAAUCAAAGACCUCGAAAGCGCAAGAGUCGCCAAACAGCAGGAACUCGACAGACUGCGAGCCGACCGAAAGCAGAUCGAGAUGCAAUACUACGAAAAGAACCAGCUGCUACAGGAGGUUCUGAAGCAGCUUAGCAUUGUCGAAGGCAGUCGUCGGGAGUCAAGGAAGCAGCAAGAAGCUCGCAGAACCAUUGAUCGCUUGAAGACUCGCUUUGGAUCCGAGAAGGUACACGGUCGAUACAAGGAUCUUAUCACACCCAAGAUGCAAAAGUAUCGCAAGGCUAUUGGUCGCGUGCUCGGACACCAGAUGGAUACCGUCAUUGUCGACACCGAAGCCACCGCCAAAUCCUGCAUUGAGUAUCUCAAGGCAGAACGCAUCGGCGUCAUGUCUUUCAACCCAUUGGAUUCCAUCCAGAUCCAGGCUGUAGACCCUCAACUGAAGGGUAUGCACGAAGGCAUGCGACUCGCCAUAGACUGCAUCAACUACGAGCCCAAGCAUGAGCGAGCAAUGACUGCGGCCUGCGGUAACACCAUGAUUUGUAACACGGAGAAGCUCGCGAAAGAGCUCAGAUAUCAAAAGCGCAUUGAGGUAAAAGCGGUUACCUUGGAUGGUCGUGUCAUUGGCAAAGGCGGAACACAGACAGGUGGUGAGCUUGACCGCGAUGACGAUUCGAGCGAACAACAAUGGGACGAGCGGUCCUACCAGGCUCUUCUAGACAAGAAAAACAGAUACGAAGAGGAGCUUCGUGCACUUCCCAAGCAAGAUCGACAGUACACCCAAGAACAGACUCUCGAAGUCGAGCUGCUAGAUCUACAGGAGCAAAUUGCUCAAGCUAAAGAGGAAGCCCGAGCACUUGGUCGCAACAUCGAGAGCGUGAAGAAGGAGUUAGCACAUCACAAGAGUGAGCUGAGGGGUGUUCGACCCAAUUACGAAAAGCAGGCGCAACGGCUACAAAGUCGAGAAGAAGAACUCGAGAGCCACCAAAAUGCAGUGAACCAGGUCAACGACCAGGUCUUCGCAGCAUUCUGCGAACGCCUCGGUUACGAGUCCAUUCGCGACUAUGAAGCUCAGCAGGGUACAGUCCAGCAAGAGGCAGCCGAGAAGCGUCUCGAGUUCAGCAAACAGCGCAGUAGGCUUCAGUAUCUGAUGAAGCAGGUCGACUCAUCUCACCGGGGUGUUGAAGAACGCCUCAAGCAAGCAGAGGAGGAGAUCAAGCGCAAGACUGCUGACAUUACUGAGCUUGAAGCCAAGCGAGAAGAGCUACAAAGCGCCCGGGACGUUCUCCAGGCCGAGCUGGAAACGCUGCAGGACCAGCGAGCACGCUUGGAGCAGAAGUUAGCUGAACGAGUUGCGGCUGUCAAGGAGGCACGGCGUACCCUGGACCAGCGCAACGAAAAGGUCAAAAAUGUGCUAAAAGAGGUUGACCAAGAGGAUGCGAAUAUCAAGUCGAGCGCAACGAACCGCUACAAUGUGCUCAAGGAAUGUCGAGUGAACGAGAUUCAGAUUCCGCUCACAGAAAACUCAAGACCAUUAACAUCAUUACCGAUGACCGACAUGCCGCGACCGGAUGCGGACGCUAUGGAUAUUGAUGAGGAUCCUGAUUCGACUCAAAUACAACCCGCAGAAGUGGAUGACUACGGCAUUGACGUCGACUUCGAAGAGCUAGACGAAGAGUUGAAGACGGAGGUUGUCGAGAUACUCGAGAGUGAGGAUGAACAAGAUGAGCGCAUUCAAUCUCAGGCCAGCCAGAAGCUCAAGGCUGUUGAAUCCAAGUUGACUGACGUGAUCACGACCCUCGAAACCGACAUAAACAAGGCUACGCCCAACAUGCGCGCUGCCGAGCGUCUCGCUGCAACAGAAACGCGUCUCAAAGCUGUCGAUGAGGCAUUCGCCGAGACACGCAAGCGCGCAGCAGCUGCAAAGAAGGCUUUCGAGGAAGUGAAGACCAAGCGCUACGACCUCUUCAUGAAGGCUUUCAACCACAUCUCUGAAAAUAUCGGCGGUACCUACAAGGACCUAACAAAGUCGCCACAGUUCCCGCUAGGAGGGCAAGCCUAUCUUGACAUGGAAGACAGUACGGAGCCAUAUCUUGCGGGUCUCAAAUACCAUGCCAUGCCGCCGCUCAAGCGUUUCCGCGAUAUGGAACAUCUGUCCGGUGGUGAGAAAACCAUCGCCGCAUUGGCUCUGCUGUUCGCAAUCCACAGCUAUCAGCCUUCGCCAUUCUUCGUCCUUGACGAGGUCGAUGCAGCACUGGACAACGUCAAUGUCAGCAGAGUAGCCAAGUAUGUACGAGAGCAUGCUAGCCCCGGUAUGCAGUUCAUCGUCAUCUCUCUGAAGGCAGGAUUCUUCCAAGAGAGUGAGACGCUGGUAGGUGUUAUGCGGGAUCAGGGCAAGAUGACAAGCAAGUAUUUGAGUUUAGAUUUGAGGAGAUAUCAACCUGCUUGA